AUGAACUGCCAAAAAUGCCGAACACCUCUGAAGCUCGAUAGCUCGCUGCAAUACCUCAAUCCGGCAGCUUUCGACCUGUUGGUAGGAUCAACAGGCCAUUCCAAUGAUCAGGCAACCAGUACAUCUCGGGUACCAUACCCUCACGAACGCAAGGAUCUCUACAAUCAGGUAACCCAAGAUGCGACAUCUCCAGUGUUCAAAAGGGCCAUUCCUGCUGCUCGGCAGGCGUUCGGCCCCCAACCUGCGGUGGCUGCAUCAACGAAAGCCGGCUUGAAGGACAACCCGGCCAUGUCCUUCGUGAUGCUUACAGACUCGCAAGUCGUUCCUCCACAACAUACGUUGGAUGGUAACGAGGAAACGCGGAAGAAGCAGGGAUCAAGAGUAGCGCACAGUACUGCAAAUGAAGCCUCCAACGAGCCAAAGCAAACACUGUCUCACCAGAUCGAGUCGACCACUCGACUCUUCGAGAUUCUCUCGUCCCACUCUGACAUAGAUCACCCUGUUUGUGCUGAGUGUACCGAUCUACUUCUGUCACAGCUUCAGAGUCGUCUUUCCGCGUCUACCAAAGAACGGGACGCCUAUAUUGCUUUCCUAAAAACCAUCAACAACACCAUUCCGUCUUCAUCCGAGAUCUCAAAAGCUCAAGCGUCUCUUACUUCAUCCAAAGCCGCCGAAGCGAAGGCGUUUUCCGAGCUCUUGGCUCUUGAAAAGGAGAAAGCAGCCCUGGACGACGAGGUCGCGACCUUAGAAGCCGAAUCUCUCGCCCUGGAUGAGGAGGAGCAGGCUUUCUGGCGCUCCAGGAAUGCGUUUGCACUGACCUUGUCCACCCUCCAAGACGAUCGUGAUGCCCUCAAUGCUGCUUACGAUCAUGAUGCUCAGCAGCUGGAGCGCCUCGAAUUAACAAACGUCUACAAUGACACGUUUUGCAUUUACCACGACGGGCCCUUUGCUACAAUCAAUGGUCUGCGCCUCGGGCGUCUUCCGCCUCAGCUAAACGUAGAUUGGUCUGAGAUCAACGCUGCAUGGGGCACAGCUGCUUUACUUCUUGCGACAGUGGCCGAAAAGCUAGGAUUCAGUUUUCGAGGCUACAGGAUCAAACCCAUGGGCAGUACCUCGAGGAUUGAGAAAAUAGAACAGGGAAGCUCUGCUUCGAGGCAAUCAACUUCCGGCAGAGUGACCAAUUUCGCUUCCAACCCCAACACGCACCAAGAACCUCAGCAACCCAAAAUCACCGCACUUGACCUGUUCUCGUCUGGCGAUCUUCCUCUAGGCAGGAUGCUGCUCCAUCGCCGCCUCGACGCAGGCAUGGUUGCCUUCCUUGAAUGUUUGCGUCAGCUUUGUGACUUUGUUGAGCAAUCCUCCCACCGAAUUCCCCACAAUUCCAACUUGCCUGUCAUUGACAGAGGUUCGCCUGCGAGUGAUGCAAAGGUAGCGAAGCUGAAGGUACCAUAUUCCAUCACAAAGGACAAGAUCGGGGACCCAGAAAAGCCUGAUCUGAUCGCAAGUAUCAAGCUUGGAGUCAGUCAGGAUGAGGCAUGGACUAGGGCGUGUAAGUAUACGCUGACCUGCUGCAAAUUUUUGCUGGCAUGUGCAAGUAAUGUGGGCUGGGUUGGUCAGAGGAUGUGA